UUAAACGAACAACAAUGCUGGAUAUACUGUUUCGCCACUCUGAUCGUAACAUAAUUUCAGCGAACCCUAUGUUGCAAGUGUGAAUUAUUAGUCGUUUUGAACCGGGAACUUGUAAAGCCAGCUUGAGCUGAGGAACUUUGCCAGCCGCCGCUGUUCGCACCUGACGUACUGAGACGGGAGUUUGGCCGAGCGUGGAAAUCUUAAUACAGACUUUUCUUGACUCAGGGAUCGCACGGUAAAAAAGGUUAACAAUCCAACAAUUCCAGUAGUUUUUUUCCUUAGGUGAUGGUUUUCUUCCGGGCGGUUUUGCGUAAAGGAAAAUAUCUUUCUCAGAUGCUACCCUGUUAUUUUUGACAAUGGAAAAGAAAUGAAGGAGGCAUCUAUCUGGAUCAAUUAAGAGCAUUACGACAGGAUGCGAGAGCGAGAUCUACAGAGCAUGUGCAGAGGGGUGCUGCUGCUCACUGUCUGUUUGCUGUCCGUGUGGGGACAGAUGACCCUCGCCUUAUCGUACCGCAGCCACAUAGUUCAGCAUGUGAAAGCGGGGACCUGUGAGGUGAUCGCGGCACACCGCUGCUGCAACAAAAACAAGAUCGAGGAACGAUCGCAGACUGUCAAGUGCUCCUGUUUACCUGGGCAGGUUGCCGGGACGACGAGAGCUGCCCCCUCAUGUGUGGAUGCGUCCAUAGUAGUCCAGAAGUGGUGGUGCCAGAUGCACCCUUGCAUGGACGGCGAGGACUGCAAAGUGUUGCCAGAUCUGAAAGGCUGGAGCUGCAGCAUGGGGAACAAGGUCAAGACCACCAAGGUCACGCAGUAACGUGGAAUCCAAAGGCUCGGAUUACCCGUCCUUUCUCGGGAGGAGAAAAUCAGAGGAUUUAAUGAUGUGAAGUCUGGCAGUAAGAAGGCAAUGGACCUAUGGCUGUACAGGAAUACCCAUGUACUUCAAAAAUGACGACCACCCACACAUUCAAAAUGGAGCCACAGGCAUUUCCAGUGCUUAGUCUUUUUCAGUAAGCCGCCAUAAACCUUCAUUUGUGUUGGUUUUCUGUUUUUUUUUGUUUUUUUUUCUUCUUCUUCUUCAACGUUGGACGAGGACAUACAUGUAAGAUAUCUAUCCAGCGCAUUAUGGAUUAUGCGCACUUUACACCACAGCAAAAAACUGAAGAGAAAAAAAAAAAACAAAGGGAAAAAAAAAGACUAUAGUAAGUAUAAAUUAAAAAAAGAGACUGUGACGGACGACACAAUGUUCACUGACUCGAAAGGUGUCUUGUGUGUCCUACCUGUUCUGAUCUAAAGCAUUUACAUCCAUUUUUUGACGUUCUUCUUUAUCGGAAGACUUUCGACUUGAAAACUAGGAAGCGUUUGACUGUAGGGACCACACGGCAGCAUAUAGCUGAUUUUUUUUCUCCCUUUCUGAAAAGCAACAUCUCGAAAACGAUGGGGAGAAAGCAGAGUCAGAAAAAGGACUGGCUGCUUCGUUGAGUUUGAAUUUACGGUCAUGCUAGUCCACCGAUCCAAACAAACAUGACAUUAUCUGUGCUGCAACCGUUUUAAUACAGUAUUUGUUUUUAAGACCCUGGUGACCGCUAUCAAGUUAAAGUGUCAGUAUUAUCUCCAAUAAAGCUAUC